AUGGAGUGGGAUAGUGACUCGGAGUCUGAUCUGAGCGGCGGCGAGGAGGAAGAGGAAUUAGGGUUUAUGUUGAGGAAAAGCGGCGGAGGUCAGCUGCCGUUCCCGGUUGACACGCUCCUGCAGCCGGCGCCGUGUGGUUUUGUUGUUACGGAUGCUUUGGAGCCGGACAACCCCAUUAUCUAUGUUAAUUCCGUGUUUGAGAUGGUUACUGGUUAUCGUGCGGAGGAGGUCCUCGGACGUAAUUGCCGUUUCUUGCAGUGCCGAGGCCCGUUCGCCAAGCGCAGGCAUUCCCUUGUGAACCCCACAGUCGUUGCCGAAAUCAGAAGAUGCCUUGAGGAAGGAAUUGAAUUCCAAGGUGAACUGCUAAACUUCCGUAAAGAUGGCUCCCCACUGAUGAACAGAUUGCGGAUGACCCCCAUAUACGGAGACGACCAGACCAUAACCCACAUUAUCGGCAUACAGGUCUUCAUCGAGGCCGCCCUCGACCUGGGUCCGCUUCCGGGCUCUUCUGACAAGGAGCCGUCCCGGCGGUCCAACCGCUUCCGGUUCACCACGAGCCCGAGCGGGGCAUCCCCAGAUGGUGUGGGCCGCGGGGUAUGCGGCAUCAUGCAGCUGAGCGACGAGGUGAUUGCCCUGAAAAUUCUCUCCCGCCUCACACCGAGGGACAUUGCAGCCGUGGGGUCCGUCUGCGUGCGGUUCUACGAGCUGACGAGGAACGAGGACCUGUGGCGGAUGGUGUGCCAGAACGCGUGGGGCAGUGAGACGACUCGGGUUCUGGAGACCGUCCCGGGGGCCAAGCGGCUUGGGUGGGGCCGUCUCGCGCGGGAGCUCACGACCCUCGAGGCCGCUGCCUGGCGGAAGCUCGUCGUCGGGGGCGCGGUCGAACCCUCCCGCUGCAACUUCAGCGCUUGCGCGGUCGGGAAUCGCGUUGUCCUGUUCGGCGGGGAGGGGGUCAAUAUGCAGCCCAUGAACGACACAUUUGUCCUCGACCUCAACUCUACCAACCCUGAGUGGCAGCACGUGAAGGUGGGUUCCCCACCACCCGGCAGAUGGGGCCACACCCUCUCGUGUGUCAACGGCUCCCAUCUCGUCUUAUUCGGCGGUUGCGGGAGGCAGGGGCUGCUUAACGAUGUUUUCGUCUUGGACCUCGACGCCAAGCACCCGACGUGGAGGGAGAUAUCGAGCCUGGCCCCGCCCCUGCCGAGAUCCUGGCACAGCUCGUGCACGCUGGACGGGACCAAGCUGAUUGUGUCGGGCGGGUGCGCCGACUCGGGUGUUCUCCUGAGCGACACGUUCUUGCUCGACCUCUCGAUGGAGAAACCCGUGUGGCGGGAGAUCCCCAUGGCGUGGACCCCACCCUCUCGGCUGGGACACACGCUGUCGGUAUAUGGGGGGCGGAAAAUUCUGAUGUUCGGGGGGCUCGCCAAGAGUGGGCCCCUGCGAUUCCGGUCGAGCGAUGUGUUCACGAUGGACCUGGGGGAAGACGAGCCAUGCUGGCGGUGCGUGACGGGGAGCGGGAUGCCGGGAGCCACCAACCCCGGAGGGGUGGCCCCGCCACCGAGACUCGACCACGUGGCGGUCAGCCUCCCCGGCGGGAGGAUCCUCGUGUUUGGGGGCUCGGUGGCAGGGCUCCACUCGGCCUCCCAGCUAUACAUACUCGACCCGACAGAGGAGAAGCCAACGUGGAGGAUACUGAAUGUUCCGGGGAGGCCGCCGAGGUUUGCGUGGGGCCACAGCACGUGCAUUGUGGGAGGGACGAGGGCGAUAGUACUUGGGGGACAGACGGGGGAGGAGUGGAUGCUAGGUGAGAUUCAUGAGCUCUCCUUGGCGAGCUCUGUGAUAUAA